AUGAAGACCGCUACGUUCCUCGCUUUCGCUGCCAUCGGCAAGCUCGCAGCUGCCCACGCUACCUUCCAGGAGAUGCUCGUCAAUGGCAAGUCCCAGGGCUCCACUGGUGUCCGUGGUACCUCUGACCAGAACAACCCCAUCCUCUCCACCGCCGCCGACCUCGCCAGCGACAUGAUGAUCUGCAAGGGUGGAUCUAAGGUUGCUGGAUCAGUCAGCGUUGCCAGCGGUGACAAGCUCACCCUCCAGUGGCACCACAACAACCCCUCUUCCGGUGCCGGUGAUGCCGAUGAGCCCAUUGCUGCUUCCCACAGGGGUCCCAUCAUCGUUUGGGUUGCUAAGGCUGAGACCGAGGGCAAGGGCAAUGCUUGGGUUAAGAUCCAGCAGUCCGGCUUGAGCGGUGGCACCUGGGCCGUCGAUACCUUCCGUUCCAACGCUGGAAAGAUCGAUGUGACCGUUCCCGACCUCGCCGCCGGUGACUACCUCAUCCGUUCCGAGAUCAUUGCUCUCCACGAGGGAGACCGUGCUGGCAAGGCCCAGCUCUACAACGGCUGUGGUCAGAUCAAGGUCACCUCCAAUGGCAAGAAGACCAUCACCAACGGUGCCAACAUCCAGUCCGUCUACAAGACAGAUGAUGCCGGCAUCCUCUUCAACAUCUACGGAGGUGCUUCCUCUUACCCAAUCCCCGGCCCUGCCGUCGAUGCUGGCUUCGGCACUGGCUCUGCCGCUCCCGCUCCCGCCCCUGUCACCUCUGCUGCCCCCAAGCCUACCACCACCAAGGCCGCUGCUCCCGUCGUUCCUAAGCCAACCACUCUUGCUACUAUUGUCAAGACCAGCACCGCUGCUGCUGCCUACCCCACCAAGGGCAGCAGCACUGGCUCCGUCGCCCGCUGGGGACAGUGCGGUGGUAUCGGCUACACUGGCGCCACCGCCUGUGUUGCUGGCUCCACCUGCCAGAAGCAGAACGACUGGUACUUCCAGUGCUUGUAA